AUGAACAGGCGCGCUCUACCGGAAGGGCCUUGGCUAUGCUUAGCCAUGGAUCUGCUGGGACCGUUGCCGAGCCAUGAAUAUGUAUUUGUUGUAAUCGAUUAUUAUUCGAGAUAUCAUCAGUUGAGAUUUGUGAAGAAAAUUACAUCCGCGGUAAUAAUUGAUAUUUUAGAAGAGAUGUUUUCGAGACUGGGCUAUCCUACAUCCAUUACUGCUGAUAAUGCACGGCAGUUUGUCAGCGAUGAAUUUAAAAGAUUCUGUGCAGAUAAUGCUAUUGACCUGAUGGCGUCUCCACCUUAUUGGCCACAAGCUAAUGGCGAAGUGGAAAAUAUAAACCGUUCAAUUCUUAAGCGAUUACAGAUUGCUCACUCAAGGGGAGUAGAUUAUAAAAAGGAGAUACAAAAGUUCAUUCUGAUGUAUAACGUCACUCCUCAUGGUACGACUGGCAGAUCACCAUCGGAAUUAUUAUUCAAUAGACAGCUGCGAGAUAAAAUACCAUCAAUUCACGACAUUAAGGAGAACAUUUUAGAUGAAGAAGCUAAAGACAUGGACAUGCUAAACAAAGGAAAGGGAAAGCAAAAAGGGGACACGAAUCGAGGAGCGAAAGAAAAUGAAAUUCGGGUCGGCGAUAAGGUUCUUCUUCGAAAUGUAGUAUUCCCAUACAAGCUGACGACUAAUUUUGAUACUGUGGAAUAUGAGGUUAUAGGCCGUAGUGGAAACGAUAUUGUAAUUCGUGGUAAUGGCGAAGUCUUCCGUCGAAACAUAAGUCACGUGAAAAGAAUACUUGUCCUCGAUUCGUUAACUACAGAGCUUCCGGAACCAGGAGCCCUAGCCUCAUCUUCUACAGCAACGAAUGAUGAACCAGGAAACAGUAAUCCAAAACUGAUUUUGAAAUUGAAAAACAAGGGAGGGGUGUGGAGACCUGGCAGCCCGGAUGCGAGAAAAUGA